AUCAUAUAAACGUAUGUAGACCGUUUUGUUAAAACAAUGAACACUGAGGUAAUCAAGAGAGAAGACGUUGUACCGCGAGUGCAGCUGUUCAACUGCGCUUAUUCUGAAUGUGGAGCUACAUUCACUCGCCAAUGGCGUUUGCAAGAGCACGAGACCGUGCACACUGGCGCACGACCUUAUAAGUGUGUUGUUGUGGGAUGUGGACGCAGUUUCACUCGUAAAUCGCACCUGAGUCGCCAUACUGCAGUACACAGUGGAGUGAAACACUUCAAGUGUAAUGUCACUGCAUGUGGCAAAAAAUUCCAAGCUGCUGAUAAACUUAAGAGACAUGUGCGGUAUGUGCACAGUGAAAAUGAAGAAUAUUUCAAGUGUACAGAUCCCCAGUGCUGUAAGGCAUUCAGGAAACGACGAGCAUUAAAACUGCACCUAGCAACUCAUGGUACUUCAAGUUUCAGAUGCUCAAAAAACGACUGUGGAAAGAAAUUUGACUCUCACAUUGCACGGAAAGCUCAUGAUCGGAGACAUUUAGGUUAUCGGUGUCUUCGCACAGAAUGCCCCAUCACUGUGCACACCUGGGGGAGUUUAAUCAAACACAUGGCAAGUCACCCAGUAUCAUUCUCCUGUAUGGUAUGUAAAAAGGUUUUUCGGAAACGUGAUGCUUUGAGGAGACACAAGCGAACACAUGCGUUGCAGAAGCCUGUUUUACUAUGUCCAAGUCAGGGUUGUCAGGCAUACUUUUCCACAACCUUCAACCUGCAGCAUCAUAUUCGUAAAGUUCACCUGCAGCUGCUCUCACAGUGCUGUUCCUUCCCUGGCUGCAGUAAGACUUUUGCUAUGCGUCGAAGCCUUGUACGCCACAUGUUACAUCAUGAACCUGAUGUGGCCAAAAUCAAGCACCCACAUAAGCGAAGCAGCAAGAGUUGGCAGAAACGUUUGGAAGGACGAAAUCGACGUCCUCUGGUUGAAGACCUCCAUGCUCUUUUUUCAUUGCGCAUGAACAUCACUCAGAGAGCCAAACUGGAAGCUGAUCUGACUGGUUUGUUUAAUGAGCGCAAAGUCCCCCAUCACAUUGAUCCUGAAGUAAAUCUCAGAGAUCUGUUUGGUAGCCGAUCGGCUCAGGCAAAUGUGGCUGAUUAAAAAUAAAUUUACAAAAAAAAAUUAUAUAGUGUGCAUGUAUGCACUGAGGGGGAAAAAAGUUAUGUUUAAUUGGUUGGUAUUGAGGUACAGGUUAUUUAUAUUUUAUUUUUUUUGACAU